AUGUAUCUCCCUCGGAGCCUCAUUUCUCAUCUCUACCAGCAGCUGCUCAGGUCGCAUAAUCCAUUAUCUCCUCCAGUUUUAAUCCUCGUGGCGUUGGAGCCAGAUGCUCUAUGUGCCUGUCGAAUCCUCACAGCGCUACUGAAAAGGGACUAUAUACCUCACAAAAUACAGCCUAUCGCCGGAUAUGGCGACCUUUCUCAAGCUGGCGCGGAACUCGUGCACCCAAUGCAUACAUCGAACGGUGGGAGUGGAGGGGUUGUGGUGUGUUUAGGCGUGGGUGGCCUGGUUGAUCUGUGUGAGACAUUGGGUCUAGAUGUGAAUAAGGAUGAGCCGGGGAACAUGGGAGGAAUCGAAGUCUGGGUCAUCGACGCGCGAAGACCGUGGAAUUUGACGAACGUUUUUGGAGGAAUGGGUGAACCAGCCACGCCGAGAGGAUCUGAUACCCAUGCUAUAGCGGGCGUUGACGGAGUAGAUAGGGGCCGCUUGACCGAUAUGUACAGACCAGGCAAGGGAGGCAUUAUCGCCUUUGAUGAUGGUGACAUUGACGAGGAACUUGCCGUUGAACGUGAAGCCUACUAUACUCUCGAGACUCUUCCUGAAGUUGGUGAGGAAGAUAGUGACGACGACGAUGAUGCUACAUCAGAUGAGGAGAUACAAACACAGGGUAAGAAGAGGAAAUCUUGGUCGGGCCGGUAUGAUGGUGAUAUCGCUGCAUCUGAAGAUGAAGAUGGUCGCCCAGCCCAACGACGAAGGAGUAAUUCGGGGUCUUCAAUUGCUUCACCCCUAAGACUGAGAGAGGGAAGACACGACUCCUCCCAAUCGUCUCGAUCCAGUUCACCAGUUUCUGAUACUCCAUCUCUCAUCCUACCCAAAGAACCUUCGACACGUACACUACGAAAACGUUUAAUCCGACUCAAACGAAAACAUGAGUCUGUUCUUCAAGCCUACUAUUCUCUUGGCACAUCAUACUCCGAGCCUAUCUCGUCCUUACUAUAUUCUCUCGCAUCUGAGCUUGGCCGUGACGACAAUGACCUGUUAUGGCUUGCAAUUGUUGGCGUUUCGAGUCUGGAACUCUCUGGACGAACAAUGUCCGGUGUGGGCAUAUCAGAUGCUUCCGAAUCAGGUGGCUCAGCUGGAUGGGGCGGGCAAAGAGGAGAACGCAUCCGACAGAUAUUACGAGACGAAGUUCGUCGUCUAAACCCCCCAGAUGACAACGAUGCUGGUCGAGAGGCACUAAGAAGCGAACUAAAUGGGGUCAUACCUACGAACGCGCGGUCACCAACCGACACCUCUAUUCUACUCUCCCCAGAACCCCGUCUCUUAUUAUUGCGACACUGGUCACUCUAUGACAGCAUGCUGCAUAGUCCAUAUCUUGCCCCUCGGCUGCAUGUUUGGAAUGAAACCGGACGAAAACGGCUAAGAAAGCUGCUGGCAAAAAUGGGCGUCAGCUUAACACAGUGCCAACAAAAUUAUACCCAUAUGGAUAUGGACUUGAAACGUGACUUACGCCAGAAGAUGCUUCAAUAUGCUCCCAUGUACGGCAUGGAAGGGCUGGUCCCUCCUGCGUCUUCUGGCGGACGUUCAGGAUCACGCGAAGGAUGGGGUUUUGCUCGUUGCUGGGGAUGGAAGGCCUGUCUAUCCGCUACAGAUGUUGGCGUGAUACUGGGGUCUAUACUCGAGGUAGGCUCCUUAGGUCCAUCUACAACUGUUUCCCAGGCCUUUUCUUCUCAUUCUGGCGAAGUGUUGGCUGGUGCAACUCAGGCAGCCAAGUUGGGAACCGAUAGUGCAAAUGUGCACUCUCGGUUUUGGAGUGCAUAUGACGCCCUGGCUUCCACUUCAGAUUCACCUACGCAACUCCUCACGGCAAUCCCCUUAGCUCAACACCUCCACCGAGCGAUCUUACGAACGGGGACUGCUCUUCUCUCGAAACAUCAAAUUCGCCAUCUUCGUGCUUUUCGCAUUGCUGUGGUGAAGGAAGGGCCUGAUGUGAAGCUCUUUACAAACCCAGGUGCACUUACAAAGCUGGCAUUGUGGAUCGGUGAGGCCGUCCGUAUACAAGAGAAGGAAAAAGGACCUGGGAUGAAGAUUGGGAAAAGACGAGCAGCUGGCACGCCACUGGUUCUUGCUGGUCUGGAUGAAGACCGAAACGUCUAUGUUGUAGUCGGAACAGGUGGAGGCGGUGGUGUCAUUGACUUUACAGCUAUGGCCAAACGACGCGAAGAACAACGGAAGAAGAAAGAAGCACGAGAAAAGAAAAGGGCUGAGAGAGAAGAACGACGAGCCAAAAGAAGAGAAGAGAUGCAAGAUGAUGACGACGAGCUGGCUGAAGAGGCAGACUCCUCCGAAUCAGAUACGGAAUCCGACUCAGAGUCGGAGCCGGAGCUGGACAGCUUCAGCAGCAAGAACCUGAUACGAAAUCGUUUCGGUAUUGCAUUCCAAGAGGUUGUUCAUGAGACCAACGCCAGAGUACGAAUAGACAGCUUCGAGCAUUGUGUUGUUGAAGUACAAAAAGAGGAUCUCGGGGCAUUUCUUGAGGCUCUUAGCUUCAGGAGUGUGAUUGGAUGA